CUCUACGCAGUAGUGUGCGGUUAUUCCUAUAGUACACAUCUCUUGCCGGAAGUAUUAAAAAAAAAAACAAAAUGGAUUCGUUUGAACUUCUAUUUUACUGCAGCGUAGUAACAACAACCAUAGUGACGUAUUUAAUAUUUUUUAAAGGAAGACACAGAACACCGGGUUGGAAAUACUACUUUAAGUACCUGAUCGCCUUAAACGCAGUGAAGCGAUGGAAGUCUCAGAAGCCGUGGAUCUACCUACUAGAAACUCCCCGAGGGCAGCAAUCCACUGGGUGGGACUGUGUCACAGUCCGUGCCUCCGCCCCUGAUGGCUCCACUGUGCUCCUAGCUAUCCGCAAACUGUACCAUGAACCUAACCUUGCCGAGACCACAGUGUUUGUGAGGCUUGCUGACGGUACUACGUAUAGAUUGCCGAAUCACCCAGACACAGUGGUAGGUGAGUGGGAGUACACGGAAUGGAGCUGGGCUGCCGGUGGUCUGAAGAUCGAGACCCUGGUACACAUGGACAGACUCCGAAUCUUGUUUAACGGUCUACUGAAGAAAGACGACGGGAUCACACAACACGUUAGAUUUAACUUUAUUUGGGCAUCAGCAUCCUUGGAGGUGCAGUAUCCGGAGCAAUGGAGCGACGAGCUGGCCGCGAAGGCUCUGGCCUUGGAGCCCUGGCGGGAUAGCUGCUGGCCCAAUAUGCCAGAUAAAUAUGAAGAAGGCAGUUGGCUCCAAUGGGGUACCGUCCAGGGGCGCUUUGAAUCGUACACCAGCGAAGGAACUACUGACAGAAGCGAAUACCUCCGAGUGCGAGGAGUGAGAGAGAGGAGCUGGUCUCCUCAGGGCUAUGAGGGGCUCAGACGCAACGUGUCCUUGGUUGCUUGUGCCAAGGAUGGCACGGCAGUACAGCUUCGGGGGUUCUCGUAUAAAGAUGUGUUCACUGCUGCCUUCAGUGGGUGUGUGCGGUUUCCAGAUAGCACUGUAGAAAUGAUCACUGACACUGAUCUCGUGUUAGAAGAGUUCUGUGAACAUCCUAAAGGGAUUCCCAAGGUCUACACUAUCAAUAUUAAAACCAAGAAACGACACGUGUUUGUGAUGCUACGAAUCAACCCUGAUGGCGGGAGGUUCCUGAGCGGAGUGCCCUACCAGCUUGAAGUGAUCUGCCGAACUGUUGAUGCUGAAAUCAACGGGGAAGUUGGCACUGGUAUCCUUGAGCUGGGCUACCAGGUCACAGAAAAGUCGGAACCCCCAUUGCGCAUUCCACCACAAAGACUUCGUUGGGCGUCCAGGGUGUCUGGUGUGGGUUACUGUGCUCCGUUUGAAGAUAAAGUGGCUGCUUCUCCCGAUUAUGUUGGGGGCAAGGGAGCAUCUCUUGCCUUACUAGCUUCAGUUCAGAAUGAAAUGGGUUAUCGAGUUCCACCGGGCUUCUGUUUGACCACCAAAGCUCUGCAGAAGCAUCUCGAAGCCAAUCCUUUGUUAAGAUCAGCUAUUAAGGAAAUCGAAGCUGCCAACGAGAAUUACGACGAAAACAACUUCAAGGACAAAUGUAAUAAAGCAUCAGAUCUGUUUGCAAAAACUGAAAUAGUGAAGGAAGUGAGAGACGACAUCCUACACCACCUGAGUGAACUGAGGAAGAAAGCUGCUGAACAAAACUUAGGCCCUGAAUUGCGCUUUGCUGUUCGAUCUUCAGCUGUGGGAGAAGACAGCGAGGCGCUAUCGGCUGCUGGUCAGAACGAGACAAUACUUGGCUGUGUGAGUGAUGAUGACGUGUUGCGGGGUGUGCAGCUGUGCUGGGGGUCCAUGUUCGCUUUCACCAGUGCGCAUUACCGUAGACAAAACGGUCAAUUGUGCGAAUGCCGCGCCGGCGUUGUUGUUCAAGCGCUAGUGUCUGCGCGUGCGGCGGGCGUCAUGUUCACUAGACAUCCUGCAGCUGGUGACCCUAGUCAGCUCCUCAUCACUGCUAACUAUGGACUGGGAGAGACCGUGGUGUCGGGCUCAGUAGAACCAGACACGAUCGUAAUAUUUCGCGGGAAGGAGCUGAGCAUAUCCAAGAUCGAGCUGGGUUCUAAGAAGCAGCGGGUGACGGCUGGUGGAGGCGGUGUGACCACUGAACAGGUGUCAGAAGAAGAGCAGAGGUUGCCUUGCAUCAGUGAAGCAGAGGCGCUGGCCCUGGCUAAGAUUGGAAUCGCGCAGGAGGAGGCUUGGGGAGCAGGCAGGGAUAUAGAAUGGGCAGUUACCGAGGACGAGAUAUUCCUGCUCCAAGCCCGUCCUAUCACGUCACUAGAGCGGUGGACGGAGGAGGAACUGCUGCAUGAGCUCGACACCGCCAUCAUGUCCGAUGACGACCUCAUAUCCUUCGCUAACACGGGAGAGGUGUUACCGAAGGCUUUGUCAGCGCUAUCGUACGACAUAGUGAACAAAGUGUUAAUUCACAGCAUCAACUGUCACAUGACGCCUGCGCACCGCUAUGACGUCACCAUGGCGUUCUCUCACAACCGGGUCGCUUUGAACAUGUACAACAGCCUAUAUCGCUUCGUGUCAGAGGAGAUAGACAUGGGAGUACGCAUGAUGGAGAUGUCGAUAUGCGGCCACAAGGUGAUAGAUGACCAAAUGCAUAGAGUGGCGAAGCACCGGCGCCCGCCCAGUCGCAAGCAGCGGUGGUUGAAGACGAUCACCUCCUUCAAGUGGCUCCUCACAACAAAAUGGGCAAUGGACCAUGCUGUCAAGAUGCUCAAGGACUUGAAGCUAGACGUGGACACUGAGGACCCUAUGCAGCUGUUGGAGACGCUAGCUGAUCAGGAGCAGGUGCUGUAUCAGUGCGGGGCGGCCCACGUGACCACGUCGUCAGCUAGCUCCGUCAGUCAGCUGAUCGCUAUGGCUGUGCUCACUGAGGGGGCCUCUGACUUCUCAAACGACCAAUGCAACGAGAUAGCCACCAUGCUGAGUUCAGGCGAAGUACUAUCAGCUGAAGUUCCUCAAGCGUUAGCCAGGAUAGCCAAUCACAUCGACCAGUCCGGCCAAGUGGACGCGUUCCGCGCUCAGAACCCCAAGAAUGCCCUGGACUGGUUGAAUAAGAACCUGCCUGAGGUGCAUCGCGAAGUCUGUCAGUUCCUUCAGGAGCACGGGCACAGAGCUAUCAUGGAGUUUGAUCUAAGCACGAAACCCUGGGCGUUAGUCCCGGAAGAGAUGAUGGAGGUGCUACAGAACAUGCGAGGAUCCAACGAAGAGAGGCAGCUGCCGACUGCCAAGACUGACGACGAAAUCAUCGCCUCCUUGAAGACACCACAGAAAUCUAGCACCAGGAAACUCCUCCGCUGGUUAUUACCACUGUGCCGGCGCACGGUCCGACACAGGGAGAGCACCAAGUCUCAGCUGAUCCUCAUGAUCCACAAACUGCGGCUGGCGUACCUGCAGCUCGGAAAGUUGCUGGUCAAGAGAUGGUAUCUGCCCGAGGAAGAUCUGGUCUUCCACUUCCGACUCCACGAGAUGAGAUACUUCUUGCUGACGAGAGAUCCAGCUUUGUUGAGGAAAGCAAUUCAACGGCGUCAAUACAACGCGGCAUGGUGCAAGCUCAAGUUUGCGGAGACCAACAAGGGUUGGGUGGAGCCUGUGAAGAGCAGGGGGCCGGUGGUGACGGCUGGUGACGUCAGCAUACGAGCCACUGCUGCUUGUGGCGGGGAGGUGGUGGCUAGGGCCUGCGUCGUCAAGGAGUUAUCUGAGAUCGGGCAGUUACAAAAGGGUGACGUGCUGAUUACGCAUUCCACGGACAUCGGAUGGUCACCCUACUUCCCACUUUUGACUGGAAUCGUCACCGAAUUAGGUGGACUGAUAUCUCAUGGAGCGGUAAUAGCCAGGGAAUACGGCCUGCCCUGCCUCGUAGGAGCAGUGGACGCGACGGACAUGUUCAGAACCGGAGACACGGUCCGACUGUCAGCCAAAGAGGGAAUUCUCGAGAGGGUAAAGGUUGAUGGCAGUGCCAAUGAAGACUCGACGCAGAACUAAGACUAUCCUAGAUACCGACCACGCCAGCGUGGUUGACAUUCCCUUCAUUCAGCGCUUAUUGCUAUCGACCCACUGGGGUCAAUCAUUUUUUUCUAAUACAAUUCUCUCACACGAUGGCCUGAGCCGAGGUUCGCGCCCAACUCAUCCUCAGGCCAUUUUAUGUGUAUCAUCAUCAUCAGCCGUACGACGCCCACUGCUGGGCAUAGGCCUCCCCCAAGGAUCUCCACGACGAUCGGUCCUGCGCUGCCCGUUGUUUUCAGAAAUAAACAUUGGCUUUUAUUAUAAGUAUUUAUGUGUAUGUCAUACAUUAAUUACAAAAUAUAAAAAAGAAAAAACAAAUAUGAAAAAGAUGAAGGAAAGGAAGAAUCCUAACCACUUGCGCUGUCCAUAUAUACCACAAAAUAGUCCAGCUUAAAGAAAAAAGGGAAACACUCACGGAAUCAGCUUUCUGUAUUCUUAUCGAGAUUCGAACUGACACUUCGUCUUUUGUACCGGGUGAGAACCCACGUAAAAAAAUGUAACCAAGAUAUUGAAAAGUUGUUAAUAAGUUUGUUCUAUAGAACCCUGUCGUAUUUUUAGUGAGAUUAUUCGUUUGACGUACUGUGAUAAAUAAAAAUGAAUUGUGCUCAAUCUUGUCAACAGAUGUAUUUUUAGUUAAGCUCUCCUUUUUGGUUUUAGUUAACUUAUCUACACUUUUUUAUACCUAGAGUACCUACAAAAAAUACAAAAAAAAAUCAA